AUGACUGAGGAGGGGUCAUGGGAAGAGCCCGACACCGACGUGGCAGAGGAUGGUAGUAUGCCUGAUGUCAGCAUGUUUUGUAAGUUGCCGCCCAUAGACUCUACUGAAUUCGAUUUCGAGGAGGACCUCCGGGCGAUUGACGAGGUGAAGGGCGAGGCUAUGCUGAAGGAAGUCGGCAGCUUAGGUUCUUUGGAGUCCAGGCCGGGGACGAGAGGCAGGUACUUCAGCGUGUGCAAACAUUGGCUGAAGACUUUGUGUAUGAAGGGGGACAAAUGUGAUUUCCUGCAUCAAUACGAUGUCAACCGAAUGCCGGAGUGUGUAGCCUGGGUCAAGCAUGGUCGGUGCACUGAGAAGGACUGUGAACUUCGCCAUGACAUAGAUACUGUGGAGUGCCAGAAGUAUAAGUACGGAUUCUGCCGUCUAGGGAACAUGUGUCGACUCCGGCAUGAGAAGUAG